AUGAAAUGGAAAAGCCAUUCAGGACAGUGGCAACCGAAAUUUGUUUCUAGAGAUACAUGGGAUCACAUCAGAAUAGUUAGACCAAAGGUGAAUUGGUAUAGAGGUGUGUGGUUCUCCCAGGCCACUCCAAAAUACUCAUUCAUGGUAUGGUUAGCUGCACAAAACCGGUUGGCGACAGGUGACAGGAUUCAACGCUGGAAUACGAAUGCUGAUACAGCUUGCGUCUUCUGCAAGGAUCCUAUGGAGACAAGAGAUCACCUGUUUUUCUCUUGUUCUUUCUCGAAGGCAAUCUGGGAGCACUUGGUCAAGGGACUUUUACGACAACAGUUCGAGUGGGACUGGGAACGAUGUUUGACACUGAUCACUCAAGCUCCUAAAUCCACUACAACGUUCCUACUCAGAUACACUUUCCAGGCUACCAUAUACUCAAUCUGGCGGGAGCGAAACAAUCGGAAACAUAGAGAGAAGACUUCGACGGUUUUCAGGAUGGUGAGGAUGAUUGACAAAUUGGUUAAAAAUCAGAUUUGCUCAAUCCGUAACAAUGGUGUGAGGAAGUACGAGGAUGGCUUAGAGAUCUGGUUUGCCUCAAGAUAA